AAUCUUGGCGGUGUGAAAGGAGACAGCACUUCCAACACUUCGAAGCACAAUGAGUACUCAAGCUAAAGCCGAUCCCAAGGCUGUAACUGAAGGCCAAGCCGUGGAAAGCGGCAGCUCGCAGAAGAAGCCCUCUUGGGCAAAUCUAUCCAAGCAGGUCAGCCACGGGAAAUUUGCGGGCACCAUUUUCCAACAAGAGGAGGAGAAGCAAACUGCCGAGCAAAAGUGGAUCGUUGAGCAGAAGUUGAAAUCUAACUUUUACUUGGACGAUGGCGUUUCCAAGUGGAAGGUGAUCUAUCCCAUUGCCAAUGGAGAGCGACAGAGUCCGAUCGAUAUUGAACCGGGCAAAGCCGUGGCAGAUCCCGCCUUAAACCCAAUUCAGCCUGAAUAUGGAAGCCAUUGCUGCCAAUCCGUUCUGAACACGGGAAACUCCUGGCAAGUCAAUGUCAAUGACAAGAUCACAAAGUUGGUUGGAGGAGCCUUAGCCAAUGAGUACAAGCUGAUUCAGUUCCAUGCCCAUUGGGGAACCACGGCUGGUGCCAAGGGCUCUGAGCACACCAUAAAUGGACGCUUGUAUGACGCUGAGCUUCAUUUGGUCCAUUGGAACACCAAGUAUGAGUUGUUCUCCAAGGCUGUCCAGGAACCAGAUGGUCUAGCUGUGGUGGGCAUCUUUCUUGAAAUUGGACCAGAGGACCAUCCUGAGCUGGAGAAGGUCUUGAAGAACUUUGACAAGAUCCGUUUCAAGGGAUUGAAGCACGAGUUCGACGAGGACAUUGACCCCACCAAGUUCCUCCCAGAGGAUCGGACUUACUGGCAUUACCCCGGCUCAUUGACGACGCCACCCUUGGAGGAAUCUGUGCUUUGGCAUGUCCUUAGAACGCCCGUUCAAAUCUCCCAGAAGCAGCUCAAUGCCAUGGCUGGUUUGAGGUCUGGCACCGAAAAAUGCGAAGACAUCACUUGCAUUAUCAACAAUUUCCGACCCCCAUUGCCCGUGGGCACAAAGAGGUCGGUGAAGUUAUACAAUGGAAAGUCAACCAAUCUUGACAGAGUCAACUCAGUGGGAGCUAAUGGAUAUGACGACAGCGCAGAAUUGAAGAAGCUGAUCCAUGAGCUGAAGAAUGAGAUGGCAACCCUGAAGGAAGAAACGCGCGCGAUCAGGAACAAGCUGGACGCUCAACAACCCUGAUGAAUUGAGGUGGGAAAAUCGCUUUCUCCGAAAUUCAUUCUGACCAUCAAACCCACCCCUAACUUGUACUUUAAGGAGAUUUCUUUGCUAUUUUUCGAUUUUUGUACAUUACAGCCAAUAUCCAAUUAUGUAUGAGUGUGAAACGUGUAUGAUUGCCCGCCAGAGAUAAUAUUAUAUUGAGCACAAAACAAUUCCUUUGAAACAAAUAAAACCGUUCUCUUAAGUUUCUACAAA